AUUCUCAAAAUCCUGCAGAAAAAUGAAAUCAAUUCUACAACAGCUUUUGGAAUAUCCAGCCUUUUACUUACAGAGGUACUUUCAUAAGUUUCAUUGCAAAUUUUAAAAGUCUGGCAUAAUUGGAUUCAAGAAUUCCCUAUUUGAUUCUUGAGGAGAGUUCUAAUGUUGAACAUGUGGAUUUAUCAGAUACACUGGAGGGGACAUUUGAAAGAGAAUGACAAAUAAAAAAAAUGUUGGCAACAAGGAUUUGUCAAAACAACAAAAUUAGUACCAAAAAAAGAAUUAAAUUUGUUUAAAUCUUGGGUUGAGAGAAAUCUGUCACAUGUUAGUGAACUCUUGGUUGCAAGGUUGUGUCUGAGAGAAAUCUGUUACAUGUUAGUGAACUCUUGGUUGGUAGGUUGUGUCUGAGAGAAAUCUGUCACAUGUUAGUGAACUCUUGGUUGGUAGGUUGUGUCUGAGAGAAAUCUGUCACAUGUUAGUGAACUCUUGGUAGGUUGUGUCUGAGAGAAAUCUGUCACAUGUUAGUGAACUCUUGGUUGGUAAGGAAAUAAAUAAAGAGAAACGAAAAAUGAAAGGAUGUAGACUUCUAUACUAUCGCACCAUUUAUUUCUUUACCUACUGAUACUUCAGUAUCUGUCAUCUUUCCUUAUAGAGGAAGCUUGUUUCUGUAUGUUGUAUCCAUCUAUACUAGGCAUGUAUGUGUGUCUGUUGUUUCUGUCUAUAAUGAGUAUGUAUAAUGGGUGUGUCUGUUGUUUUCUUCUAUAAUGGGUAUAUAUGUGUGUCUGUUGUUUCCAUCUAUAAUGGGUAUAUAUGUGUGUCUGUUGUUUCCGCCUAUAAUGGGUAAAUAUGUGUGUCUGUUGCUUCUGCCUAUAAUGGGUAAAUAUGUGUGUCUGUUGUUUCCGCCUAUAAUGGGUUAAUAUGUGUGUCUGUUGCUUCCGCCUAUAAUGGGUAAAUAUGUGUGUCUGUUGUUUCCGCCUAUAAUGGGUAAAUAUGUGUGUCUGUUGUUUCCGCCUAUACUGUUUCAGUUGCAAAAAAACUUUGGUUAAUCAAGUGUCUUACAAGUAGAGAUUUGAAUGUAGCUUGUUGGCAAUCUCAUUUUAAAUGAAUUAUAGUUUGAAUUGGACAUUGUAGUAGGUCUUCACUUCUCACAUAACAGAUAAUACAAAGUGCACACUGCAUGGAUAAACAUUUGCAUUUGGUAUAUAAGUCAGUUUUGUAUAUAAUUGAAUUCUAAACUUUUCACACUAGUCUGAGAGGAACAAUAUCUGUUGGUCUGUGUUCAAGUUGUGUGAAGUAGAUAAAAUAGUGGAGCAAGAUAAUUUUAGGUUUUAAAGAAGACAGAACAAAACAAAGGACAUUUCUGCUAAAUGCCUUCUUUGCAGGCAAUAGAAGAAAAGCAAAUUCAAGUGUUCCCAGGUCACAAUGUAGGUCUCUCACUCAAGUGUUCCCAGGUCACAAUGUAGCUCUCUCACUCAAGUGUUCCCAGAUCACAAUGUAGCUCUCUCACUCAAGUGUUCCCAGAUCACACUAGCUCUCUCACUCAAGUGUUCCCAGAUUACAAUGUAGUUCUCUCACUCAAGUGUUCCCAGAUCACAAUGUAGCUCUCUCACUCAAGUGUUCCCAGGUCACAAUGUAGCUCUCUCACUUAAGUGUUCCCAGAUCACAAUAUAGCUCUCUCACUCAAGUGUUCCCAGAUCACAAUGUAGCUCUCUCACUCAAGUGUUCCCAGAUCACAAUGUAGCUCUCUCACUCAAGUGUUCCCAGAUCACACUGUAGCUCUCUCACUUAAGUGUUUCCAGAUCACAAUGUAGCUCUCUCACUUAAGUGUUCCCAGAUCACAAUGUAGCUCUCUCACUUAAGUGUUCCCAGAUCACAAUGUAGCUCUCUCACUCAAGUGUUCCCAGAUCACACUGUAGCUCUCUCACUCAAGUGUUCCCAGAUCACAAUGUAGCUCUCUCACUAAAGUGUUCCCAGAUCACACUAUAGCUCUCUCACUCAAGUGUUCCCAGAUCACAAUGUAGUUCUCUCACUCAAGUGUUCCCAGAUCACAAUGUAGCUCUCUCACUCAAGUGUUCCCAGGUCACAAUGUAGCUCUCUCACUUAAGUGUUCCCAGAUCACAAUGUAGCUCUCUCACUCAAGUGUUCACAGAUCACAAUGUAGCUCUCUCACUUAAGUGUUCCCAGGUCACAAUGUAGCUCUCUCACUUAAGUGUUCCCAGAUCACAAUGUAGCUCUCUCACUCAAGUGUUCCCAGAUCACAAUGUAGCUAUCUCACUUAAGUGUUUCCAGAUCACAAUGUAGCUCUCUCACUCAAGUGUUUCCAGAUCACAAUGUAGCUCUCUCCCUUAAGUGUUUCCAGAUCACAAUGUAGCUCUCUCACUUAAGUGUUCCCAGAUCACAAUGUAGCUCUCUCACUUAAGUGUUUCCAGAUCACAAUGUAGCUCUCUCACUUAAGUGUUCCCAGAUCACAAUGUAGCUCUCUCACUUAAGUGUUCCCAGAUCACAAUGUAGCUCUCUCACUCAAGUGUUCCCAGAUCACAAUGUAGCUCUCUCACUUAAGUGUUCCCAGAUCACAAUGUAGCUCUCUCACUCAAGUGUUCCCAGAUCACACUGUAGCUCUCUCACUCAAGUGUACCCAGAUCACAAUGUAGCUCUCUCACUCAAGUGUUCCCAGAUCACAAUGUAGCUCUCUCACUCAAGUGUUCCCAGAUCAUACUGUAGCUCUCUCACUCAAGUGUUCCCAGAUCACAAUGUAGUUCUCUCACUCAAGUGUUCCCAGAUCACAAUGUAACUCUCUCACUCAAGUGUUCUUAGGUCACAAUGUAGCUCUCUCACUUAAGUGUUCCCAGAUCACAAUGUAGUUCUCUCACUCAAGUGUUCCCAGAUCACAAUGUAGUUCUCUCACUCAAGUGUUCCCAGAUCACAAUGUAGCUCUCUCACUUAAGUGUUUCGAGAUCACAAUGUAGCUCUCUCACUCAAGUGUUCCCAGAUCACAAUGUAGCUCUCUCACUCAAGUGUUCCCAGAUCACACUGUAGCUCUCUCACUCAAGUGUUCCCAGAUCACAAAAAAAGCUCUCUCACACAAGUGUUCCCAGAUCACAAUGUAGCUCUCUCACUCAAGUGUUCCCAGAUCACAAUGUAGUUCUCUCACUCAAGUGUUCCCAGAUCACAAUGUAGUUCUCUCACUCAAAAGUUCUCAGUCUCUGUGAAGAAACAAAAGCUACACCUAGAAAUAUAUUAAGUGCUGUCAUUAAUAUCUCAGAGAAGAUGAACAACAUUUUAUGAGAAAAGGUCUUUGAUUACUUUAUGUUUUCAAUUUUAGUAGGUGACUUAUGAUUUGAGUGUUGUAAUCAAUGAAAUUUUAUUAUGUGACUUCUGAUUUGAGUGUCAUAAUCAAUGACACUUUAGUAGUUGACUUAUGAUUUGAGUGUUGUAAUCAAUGACAUUUUAGUAGGUGACUUAUGAUUUGAGUGUUGUAAUCAAUGACACUUUAGUAGGUGACUUAUGAUUUGAGUGUUGUCAUCAAUGAUAUUUUAGUAGGUGACUUAUGAUUUGAGUGUUGUCAUCAAUGACACUUUAGUAGGUGACUUAUGAUUUGAGUGUUGUCAUCAAUGACACUUUAGUAGGUGACUUAUGAUUUGAGUGUUGUCAUCAAUGACAUUUUAGUAGGUGACUUAUGAUUUGAGUGUUGUCAUCAAUGACAUUUUAGUAGGUGACUUAUGAUUUGAGUGUUGUCAUCAAUGACAUUUUAGUAGGUGACUUAUGAUUUGAGUGUUGUAAUCAAUAAAAAAUUUUGCUUUUGGUUAGAGAAACACAAUUUAAUUUGAUUAUCAUUUUGUAAAAAUCUGCAGCUGAAAAUAUUUUUUUAAACUUACAAUAUUUAUGUGUGCUUCAUCUGAAUUUAAAAAGAAAAAGAAAGAAAUGAAUAGAAAUUGGUUUGACAUUUUGUUGUUUCCAGGUGGAUACCUUGCAAGCCAAGUGCUUAGGGGAUUUAGCACAAUACUUCGUAGACUCUGUGAAAAAUGGCGGCUUCAAGGGGGGCAAGUAAGUUUCUUAUUGAUUCCCUUGAGUACGUUUGUAAGUGAUUCCCUUGAGUAAGUUUGUUAUUGAUUGCCUUGAGUAAGUUUGUAAGUGAUUCCCUUGAGUAAGUUUGUUAUUGAUUGCCUUGAGUAAGUUUGUAAGUGAUUCCCUUGAGUAAGUUUGUUAUUGAUUGCCUUGAGUAAGUUUGUAAGUGCUUCCCUUGAGUAAGUUUGUAAGUGAUUCCCUUGAGUAAGUUUGUUAUUGAUUGCCUUGAGUAAGUUUGUAAGUGCUUCCCUUGAGUAAGUUUGUAAGUGAUUCCCUUGAGUAAGUUUGUUAUUGAUUGCCUUGAGUAAGUUUGUAAGUGCUUCCCUUGAGUAAGUUUGUAAGUGCUUCCCUUGAGUAAGUUUGUAAGUGAUUCCCUUGAGUAUGUUUGUUAUUGAUUGCCUUGAGUAAGUUUGUAAGUGCUUCCCUUGAGUAAGUUUGUAAGUGAUUCCCUUGAGUAUGUUUGUUAUUGAUUCUCCUUAAGUAAGUUUGUGAAAAACCGCAUAUUUAUUGUGGCAUAAUCCCAUGAGUUUAUAUUUAUUGUGGCAUAAUCCCAUGAGUUUAUAUUUAUUGUGGCAUAAUCCCAUGAGUUUAUAUUUAUUGUGGCAUAAUCCCAUGAGUUUAUAUUUAUUGUGGCAUAAUCCCAUGAGUUUAUAUUUAUUGUGGCAUAAUCCCAUGAGUUUAUAUUUAUUGUGGCAUAAUCCCAUGAGUUUGAUCCCUUUGAACGCAGAAGUUCAGAAGAGAAAUCAUAUGACUCUGAUUAACAGCACCUGAUAACUGGGAUAACUGGGAUAACUGGGAUAACUGGGAUAGUCCAAAGUAAAAUCAGUCUGAGUGGAGAGAGAUAGACAGACCCAGGGUCUAGUCUGAGAUAGACAUCUGAGAUGAAACAGGCGAGUGUGCUAUUAGGGGGAAAGUAAACAGUGGACAGAAGAGUUAGAAAAAAGCUGGCACUGACCAGUCAGAGUUGAGUGAGGGUCAGAAGCAGUAUGAGUUCCCAUUAAGAUAAAUAGACAUUUUAAAAUGACCUGGUGUAAUAAAUAGACAUUUUAAAACCACCUGGUGUAAUAAAUAGAGAUUUUAAAACCACCUGGUGUAAUAAAUAGACAUUUUAAAAUGACCUGGUGUAAUAAAAAGACAUUUUAAAAUGACCUGGUGUAAUAAAUAGACAUUUUAAAAUGACCUGGUGUAAUAAAUAGACAUUUUAAAAUGACCUGGUGUAAUAAAUAGACAUUUUAAAACCACCUGGUGUAAUAAAUAGACAUUUUAAAACCACCUGGUGUAAUAAAUAGACAUUUUAAAACCACCUGGUGUAAUAAAUAGACAUUUUAAAAUGACCUGGUGUAAUAAAUAGACAUUUUAAAACCACCUGGUGUAAUAAAUAGACAUUUAAAACCACCUGGUGUAAUAAAUAGACAUUUUAAAAUGACCUGGUUUAAUAAAAAGACAUUUUAAAAUGACCUGGUGUAAUAAAUAGACAUUUUAAAAUGACCUGGUGUAAUAAAAAGACAUUUUAAAAUGACCUGGUGUAAUAAAUAGACAUUUUAAAACCACCUGGUGUAAUAAAUAGACAUUUUAAAACCACCUGGUGUAAUAAAUAGACAUUUUAAAAUGACCUGGUGUAAUAAAAAGACAUUUUAAAAUGACCCGGUGUAAUAAAUAGACAUUUUAAAAUGACCUCAUGUUAGCUGUCAUGGUAACCUUGUGAUAUACAAGCUGUAAACCAUAUGAUGUUGGACAGCCUCAUGCUAGUUGUCAUGGUAACCUCGUGAUAUACAAGCUGUAAACCAUACGAUGUUGGACAGCCUCAUGCUGUCAUGGUAAUCUAGUGAUAUACAAGCUGUAAACCAUAGGAUGUUGGACAGCCUCAUGCUAGUUGUCAUGGUAACCUAGUGAUAUACAAGCUGUAAACCAUACGAUGUUGGACAGCCUCAUGCUAGUUGUCAUGGUAACCUAGUGAUAUACAAGCUGUAAACCAUACGAUGUUGGAAAGCCUCAUGCUAGUUGUCAUGGUAACCUAGUGAUAUACAAGCUGUAAACCAUAUGAUGUUGGACAGCCUCAUGCUAGUUGUCAUGGUAACCUAGUGAUAUACAAGCUGUAAACCAUACGAUAAGAAGUUAAACUAAAUCUUAAAGUAUGACGAAUUCUUCCAUGCAGAUCUGCAGGCUCUGUCUGAUAUAACCAUUAACCACAUCUUAAUGUGUGUUCAUUUUAUCUUUAUAGAUGUGCAGAGUUUCUCUCCAAUGUGUUACGUGUUAUCAAUUCAAGGGAAACCAUUCCAAAAGGAGAAAGUGAGGUGAAAGGUUCAGAGUUCAAAGGUCAAAUCAUCAACAGCAUUUGUUGUAGCAGGUAAAUCAGAUUUCAUUAUAAUUGUCUUAAAAGUCUGUAGUAAAUACUUUUUACAAUCAAUAAAUUUAAAGAUAAGUUUAAAAAAAAAAAAAAUUAUCUUUCACUUUAAAAAAAACACACUAUUUAAGUGCUUUGAAAAAUCUGUAAGGCGUCAUUCACUUGAUAACGGCACCUACAAAAAGGUUUUUCUAUCAAAUGGACUUUUCAUGCCUAAUAACAGAUGGGAUCCAACAAUGGCCGUCCACAUGUCCACCAUGUUUCAAGGCAUUCCUUUAACAUCAGACGAGUUAAGGUUUGUCAUUGAGAAAGUUCUGCGAUUAUUUGCUGAGCUCGACCUUGCCGACCAGCCUACUGCAGCAUAUCAGCUGCUGCUGCUCUCUGCUAAGGUAACAGAAUAUAACAAUUACUGAUCUUGAAAUAACACAUGUUACUGCAGUUCUUGUAGUUCAUCAUGAUAUAUUUUACUUCUAAAUGUCUUUCUCAAUCUAUUAUGCUUAUUUUACUAUGUCAUAAAAUUGGAAAGAUGAGUCUCAAACUGUUGUUUUCAUUUUGUCCUUCCAUAAGUCCUAAUCAAUGCCUAACUGUCCUUCCAUAAGUUCUAAUCAAUGCCUAACUUUCCUUCCAUAAGUCCUAAUCAAUGCCUAACUUUCCUUCCAUAAGUCCUAAUCAAUGCCUAACUUUCCUUCCAUAAGUACUAAUCAAUGCCUAACUUUCCUUCCAUAAGUCCUAAUCAAUGCCUAACUGUCCUACCAUAAGUCCUAAUCAAUGCCUAACUGUCCUUCCAUAAGACCUAAUUAAUGCCUAACUGUCCUUCCAUAAGUCCUAAUCAAUGCCUAACUCUCCUUCCAUAAGUCCUAAUCAAUGCCUAACUGUCCUUCCAUAAGUCCUAACCAAUGCCUAACUGUCCUUCCAUAAGUCCUAACCAAUGCCUAACUGUCCUACCAUAAGUCCUAACCAAUGCCUAACUGUCCUUUUGAACAGGGACACAAAAAGUUGGUGUUGGAAGGCCUAUGUAAACACUACACUGCCCAGGAUGAUGCAAACAGAGGGCGGGGCAUAAUGAUUGACAGGUAAGAUUUACACUAACAGAUGUCUGCUUGGAAUAAUUGGUAGCAAAAUCUUACACUCACAGAAAUAACUGGUAGCCAUUUCUUACACUUACAAAAAUACUAUGCAACCAAUUCUUACACUUACAGAAAUAUCAUUUAACCAAUUCUUAAACCAUGAGGCUAUGAUUUAAUGAUAGACACGUAAGGCUGUAUUAUUGCUUUCUUUCUUUUAAAAGUAUUUUAACUUUUUUAUGCUCUUGUGCCACAAUGCUGCCAUCCAACUUUGGUGGAUGAGUGACCACUCUGACUUCCAACUUUGGUGGAUGAGUGACAACUCCGCCUUCCAACUUUGGUGGAUGACUUUUUUUUACAUGGGAUUGACAUCCUCUCAUAGAAUGGAUCUUUGACUGUGAUGACAAUUCCAUUCCAUCUGGCUGAAAUUUAUGAAGUUAUCCCAAGCAUUUAACUUGUUUUAAAUGGAGAUCUCAGCAUCUUUGCUAAACUUGGAAACAUCUGCCAUCAUGUUCACUUUCAUCUAUUUCUAUAUCUGAGAAAUCUCAUCCACUAUUUUUGUUGAACUAAUUUCAGUGAGGACCUGAUGACAGAGUCAACAUGCUUGACCACUUUACGUCAGAUUGAAGGCACCGUCAUUCUUCACAUUACACAAGCUGUUAAACAAGAUCGUGAACUGGGAUUACAGUUUAUCAAAUAUGUCAAGGUAAAACUAUUUUCUAGUCAAAUAAUUCCUAUGAUUGUCUACAUUCCUAUGAUGGUUUAGAUUCUUAGAAGCUAGCACCAUAACUUAGAGGCUAGCACCAUAACUUAGAGGCUGGCACCAUAACUUAGAGGCUGGCACCAUAACUUAGAGGCUGGCACCAUAACUUAGAGGCUGGCACCAUAAAUCAGAGGCUAGCAACAUAAUUUAAAGGAUAACACCAUAACUUAGAGGCUGGCAACAUAACUUAGAGGCUAGCAACAUAAUUUAAAGGAUAACACCAUAACUUAGAGGCUGGCAACAUAACUUAGAGGGUAGCAACAUAAUUUAAAGGAUAACAGCAUAACUUAGAGGCUGGCAACAUAACUUAGAGGCUAGCAACAUACUUUAAAGGAUAACAGCAUAACUUAGAGGCUGGCAACAUAACUUAGAGGCUAGCAACAUAAUUUAAAGGAUAACACCAUAACUUAGAGGGUAGCAACAUAAUUUAAAGGAUAACAGCAUAACUUAGAGGCUGGCAACAAAACUUAGAGGCUAGCAACAUAAUUUAAAGGAUAACACCAUAACUUGGAGGCUGGCAACAUAACUUAGAGGCUUUGAUACUAAUUUGCGCAAAAUGCCAUUUCUUGAUUUCCAUCUAAAAUUCCAUUUAAUUACGCUUUAUUGGCAAAAUGGCUCUAUAUGACGAUUACCGAUUGUCUCUAGACUAAUUCAUUAUUUGCUGUAUCUAGAGAGUUUAAAAACAAUUAACCAGUGAAGGCAUUUUAUAUCUAAAGCUUAUGCUCAAAAACGAUCUUAGCUAUAAAAAAAAAAGCUGUGUGCGCCUAUCAAGUUCCCCAGUGUGUCUCAAUCAAGUUCCCCAGUGUGUCUCAAUCAAGUUCCCCAGUGCGUCUCAAUCAAGCUCACCAGUGUCUCAAUCAAGUUCCCAGUGUGUCUCAGUCAAGUUCAUCAGUUUUUCUCAAUCAAGUUCAUUAGUGUGUCUCAAUCAAGUUCAUCAGUUUUUCUCAAUCAAGUUCACCACUGUGUCUCAAUCAAGUUUACCAGUGUGUCUCAAACAAGUUAAUCAGUGUGUCUCAAUCAAGUUUACCACUGUUUCUCAAGUACAUCAGCAUGUCUCAAUCAAGUACAUCAGUGUGUCUCAAUCGAGUUCACCAAUGUGUCUCAAUCAAGUACAUCAGCAUGUCUCUAUCAAGUACAUCAGUGUGUCUCAAUCAAGUUCAUCAGCGUUUCUCAGUCAAGUUCAUCAGUAUGUCUCCAUCAAGUUCAUCAGUGUGUCUCAAUCAAGUUCAUCAGUUUUUCUCAAUCAAGUUCACCGCUGUGUCUCAAUCAAGUUUACCAGUGUGUCUCAAUCAAGUUCAUCAGUGUGUCUCAAUCAAGUUCAGUACUGUGUCUCAAUCAAGUACAUCAGCAUGUCUCAAUCAAGUACAUCAGUGUGUCUCAAUCCAGUUUACCAAUGUGUCUUAAUCAAGUACAUCAGCAUGUCUCAAUGAAAUACAUCAGUGUGUCUCAAUCAAGUUCUCCAGCGUUUCUCAGUCAUGUUCAUCAGUAUGUCUCCAUCAAGUUCAUCAGUGUGUCUCAAUCAAGUUCAUCAGUGUGUCUCAAUCAAGUUUAUUCGUGUGUCUCAAUCAAGUUCAUCAGUGUGCCCCAAUCAAGUUCAUCAGUGUGUCUCAAUCAAGUUCAUCAGUGUGUCUCAAUCAAGUUCACCAGUGUAUCUCAAUCAAGUUCAUUAGUGUGACCCAAUCAAGUUCAUCAGUGUGUCUCAAUCAAGUUCAUCAGUUUUUCUCAAGUUCACCACUGUGUCGCAAUCAAGUUUACCAGUGUGUCUCAAUCAAGUUCAUCAGUGUGUCUCAAUCAAGUUCAGUACUGUGUCUCAAUCAAGUACAUCAGCAUGUCUCAAUCAAGUACAUCAGUGUGUCUCAGUCAGGUUUACCAAUGUGCCUUAAUCAAGUACAUCAGCAUGUCUCAAUCAAGUACAUCAGUGUAUGUCUCAAUCAAGUACAUCAGUGUAUGUCUCAAUCAAGUUCACCAGCGUUUCUCAGUCAUGUUCAUCAGUAUGUCUCCAUCAAGUUCAUCAGUGUGUCUCAAUCAAGUUCAUCAGUGUGUCUCAAUCAAGUUUAUUAGUGUGUCUCAAUCAAGUUCAUCAGUGUGUCUCAAUCAAUUUCAUCAGUGUGUCUCAAUCAAGUUCACCAGUGUGUCUCAAUCAAGUUCAUCAGUGUGUCUCAAUCAAGUUCAUCAGUGUGUCUAAAUCAAGUUCAUCAGUGUGUCUCAAUCAAGUUCAUCAGUGUGUCUAAAUCAAGUUCAUCAGUGUGUCUCAAUCAAGUUCAUCAGUGUGUCUCAAUCAAGUUCAUCAGUUUUUCUCAAGUUCACCACUGUGUCACAAUCAAGUUUAACAGUGUGUCUUAAUCAAGUUCAUCAGUGUGUCUCAAUCAAGUUCAGUACUGUGUCUCAAUCAAGUACAUCAGCAUGUCUCAAUCAAGUACAUCAGUGUGUCUCAGUCAGGUUUACCAAUGUGCCUUAAUCAAGUACAUCAGCAUGUCUCAAUCAAGUACAUCAGUGUAUGUCUCAAUCAAGUUCACAAGCGUUUCUCAGUCAUGUUCAUCAGUAUGUCUCCAUCAAGUUCAUCAGUGUGUCUCAAUUAAGUUCAUCAGUGUGUCUCAAUCAAGUUUAUUAGUGUGUCUCAAUCAAUUUCAUCAGUGUGUCUCAAUCAAUUUUAUCAGUGUGUCUCAAUCAAGUUCACCAGUGUGUCUCAAUCAAGUUCAUCAGUGUGUCUCAAUAAAGUUCAUCAGUGUGUCUAAAUCAAGUUCAUCAGUGUGUCUCAAUCAAAUUUCAUCAGUGUGUCUAAAUCAAGUUCAUCAGUGUGUCUCAAUCAAGUUCAUCAGUGUGUCUCAAUCAAGUUCAUCAGUGUGUUUUAUUCAGGAAUAAGCUUCAUUUUUAGUUUGAUGAAAUAUUCAAAUAUGCACAACAGUGCAACCUUUAAGCUUUUAUUAUAUUUCGUAAAGAGUGCAAACGUUUCUGAGAGAGCUACAAUAGUUUCCCUGGAAGCUUACAUUGAGUUAAGACAAUAGUUGCCAUCGAAGCUUAGAUUGAGUUUAGACAAUAGUUGCCAUCGAAGCUUAGAUUGAGUUGAGACAAUGGUUGCCAUGGAAGCUUACAUUGAGUUGAGACAAUGUUUGCCAUGGAAGCUUACAUUGAGUUGAUGAGUUCAUAUAGCCAAGGUGACGUGACCAGUUAAGUGUGAGAACCACUGUUUUACACUGAAUGGCUUGACCAACCUUGAAGAUUUCUUUACAAAUGUGUUCAUCAUUAAACAACUAUUUCACCUCAUUUGUCUCAUGGAUGAAAAUAUCAUUAAUCACAUCUUUAAACAAUGAAUUGUCUUCACUUGUAUGUGUCAACUCUUUUGUAUUUUUUGACAGAUUCUAAGUCAGUCAAGUGGCUCUAAGGUUGUUUCUCCAUUCAUCUUGUCUCUACUGCUGUCCAUUUCACAGCUCCAUCAUUUUGAAGAUCAGGUAUAGUGUGAAUUACUGUAAUUAUUAUAUUGAAGUUCUUGCACUUAAUACAUUAAAGUAAAAGCCACUUAUUAACACCUGUAGUCCUUGUGUUUAAUGUGGGCAGUAGGCAAUAAUGUAACUAUCACAUUUAGUAUAUAACUUAUCUGCAUGAAUUAAAUGGCAACUGUAGUCAUUAUCUUGGAUGUUAAUGUUGAGAAUAGAAAUAAUUUACUUUUAAUUAUAUUUAUGAACAUACACUUUGAUUAUUUACUAAACAUUACGAAUUGGUUAAAUUUUAAAUCAUCAUAUUAAGAAGAUAACAUGAAACUGAAUGUCAUAGUCAUAACAGACUAGUCAAUGAAACUGAAUGUCACAGUCAUAACAGACUAGUCAAUGAAACUGAAUGUCACAGUCAUAACAGACUAGUCAAUGAAACUGAAUGUCACAGUCAAAACAGAUUAGUCAAUGAAACUGAAUGUCACAGUCAUAACAGAUUAGUCAAUGAAACUGAAUGUCACAGUCAUAACAGAUUAGUCAAUGCAACUGAAUGUCACAGUCAAAACAGACUAGUCAAUGGAACUGAAUGUCACAGUCAAAACAGAUUAGUCAAUGAAACUGAAUGUCACAGUCAUAACAGACUAGUCAAUGAAACUGAAUGUCACAGCCAUAACAGACUAGUCAAUGAAACUGAAUGUCACAGCCAUAACAGACUAGUCAAUGGAACUGAAUGUCACAGUCAUAACAGAUUAGUCAAUGCAACUGAAUGUCACAGCCAUAACAGACUAGUCAAUGAAACUGAAUGUCACAGUCAUAACAGACUAGUCAAUGAAACUGAAUGUCACAGCCAUAGCAGACUAGUCAAUGAAACUGAAUGUCACAGUCAUAACAGACUAGUCAAUGAAACUGAAUGUCACAGUCAACACAGAUUAGUCAAUGAAACUGAAUGUCACAGUCAUAUCAGAAUUAUCAAAGAAACUGAAUAUCACAGUCAUAACAGUUGAGUCAAUGCAAUUGAACUAUCACUUAAGUGCAUUAUUGGAGGCAUACUUAAAUUUAACUUCCUACUCAUAACUUCCUACUCAUAACUUCCUACUCAUAACUUCCUACUCAUACUACUAUCAACACUUAUGUUCUUCAAGACAAGCUUGUUUAGCUGUGUUCUUACAACACUCUUUAGCUGAACCCUUGUCACCAAGAAUUGCUAUUAUUAAACCGGCAUUAAAUGGCUGGCGAGAUGGCGUUCAGCUCUAGACACAUUGCCAUGAAAUGACUGGUGAGAUGGCUUUCAGUUUUUUGACACAAUGCCAUGAAAGGACUGAUGAGAUGGCUUUUAGUUCUAGACACAUUGCCGUGAGAUGGCUUUCAGUUCUAGACACAAUGCCAUGAAAGGACUGAUGAGAUGGCUUUCAGUUCUAGACACAUUGCCAUGAAAGGACUGAAUGAGAUGGCUUUCAGCUCUAGACACAUUGCCGUGAAAGGACUGAUGAGAUGGCUUUCAGUUCUAGACACAUUGCCGUGAGAUGGCUUUCAGCUCUAGACACAUUGCCAUGAAAGGACUGAUGAGAUGGCUUUCAGUUCUAGACACAUUGCCAUGAAAGGACUGAUGAGAUGGCUUUCAGUUCUAGACACAUUGCCGUGAGAUGGCUUUCAGCUCUAGACACAUUGCCAUGAAAGGACUGAUGAGAUCGCUUUCAGCUCUAGACACAUUGCCGUGAGAUGGCUUUCAGUUCUAAACACAUUACAAUGAAAGGACUGAUGAGAUGGCUUUCAGCUCUAGACACAUUGCCAUGAAAGGACUGAUGAAAAAGCUUUCAGCUCUAGACACAUUGCCGUGAGAUGGCUUUCAGUUCUAAACACAUUACAAUGAAAGGACUGAUGAGAUGGCUUUCAGUUCUAGACACAUUGCCGUGAGAUGGCUUUCAGUUCUAAACACAUUACAAUGAAAGGACUGAUGAGAUGGCUUUCAGUUCUAGACACAUUGCCAUUAAAGGACUAAUGAGAUGGCUUUCAGUUCUAGACACAUUGCCGUGAGAUGGCUUUCAGCUCUAGACACAUUGCCAUGAAAGGACUAAUGAGAUGGCUUUCAGUUCUAGACACAUUGCCGUGAGAUGGCUUUCAGCUCUAGACACAUUGCCAUGAAAUGACUGAUGAGAUGGCUUUCAGUUCUAGACACAUUGCCGUGAGAUGGCUUUCAGCUCUAGACACAUUGCCAUGAAAGGACUGAUGAGAUGGCUUUCAGCUCUAGACACAUUGCCAUGAAAGGACUGAUGAGAUGGCUUUCAGUUCUAGACACAAUGCCAUGAAAGGACUGAUGAGAUGGCUUUCAGUUCUAGACACAUAGCAGUGAGAUGGCUUUCAGCUCUAGACACAUUGCCAUGAAAGGACUGAUGAGAUGGCUUUCAGUUCUAGACACAUUGCCAUGAAAGGACUGAUGAGAUGGCUUUCAGUUCUAGACACAUGGCCAUGAAAGGAUUGAUGAGAUGGCUUUCAGUUCUAGACACAUGGCCAUGAAAGGAUUGAUGAGAUGGCUUUCAGUUCUAGACACAUGGCCAUGAAAGGAUUGAUGAGAUGGCUUUCAGUUCUAGACACAUGGCCAUGAAAGGAUUGAUGAGAUGGCUUUCAGUUCUAGACACAUGGCCAUGAAAGGAUUGAUGAGAUGGCUUUCAGUUCUAGACACAUGGCCAUGAAAGGAUUGAUGAGAUGGCUUUCAGUUCUAGACACAUGGCCAUGAAAGGACUGAUGAGAUGGCUUUCAGUUCUAGACACAUGGCCAUGAAAGGAUUGAUGAGAUGGCUUUCAGUUCUAGACACAUUGCCAUGAAAGGACUGAUGAGAUGGCUUUCAGCUCUAGACACAUGGCCAUGAAAGGACUGAUGAGAUGGCUUUCAGUUCUAGACACAUGGCCAUGAAAGGAUUGAUGAGAUGGCUUUCAGUUCUAGACACAUUGCCAUGAAAGGACUGAUGCGAUGGCUUUCAGUUCUAGACACAUUGCCGUGAGAUGGCUUUCAGUUCUAGACACAUUGCAGUGAGAUGGCUUUCAGUUCUAGACACAUUGCCAUGAAAGGACUGGUGAGAUGGCUUUCAGUUCUAGACACAUUGCCAUGAAAGGACUGGGGAGAUGGCUUUUAGUUCUAGACACAUUGCCAUGAGAUGGCUUUCAGUUCUAGACACAUUCCCGUGAGAUGGCUUUCAGUUCUAGACACAUUGCCGUGAGAUAGCUUUCAGUUCUAGACACAUUGCCAUGAAAGGACUGGUGAGAUGGCUUUCAGCUCUAGACACAUUGCCGUGAGAUGGCUUUCAGUUCUAGACACAUUGCCAUGAAAGGACUGAUGAGAUUGCUUUUAGUUCUAGACACAUUGCCAUGAGAUGGCUUUCAGUUCUAGACACAAGGCCAUGAAAGGACUGAUGAGAUGGCUUUCAGUUCUAGACACAUUACCAUGAAAGGACUGAUGAGAUGGCUUUCAGCUCUAGACACAUUGCCAUGAAAGGACUGAUGAGAUGGCUUUCAGUUCUAGACGCACUACCAUGAAAGGACUGAUGAGAUGGCUUUCAGUUCUAGACACAUUGCCAUGAAAGGACUGAUGAGAUGGCUUUCAGUUCUAGACACAUUACCAUGAAAGGACUGAUGAGAUGGCUUUCAGUUCUAGACACAUUGCCAUGAAAGGACUGAUGAGAUGGCUUUUAGUUCUAGAUACAUUGCCCUGAGAUUGCUUUCAGUUCUAGACACAUUGCCAUGAAAGGACUGAUGAGAUGGCUUUCAGUUCUAGACACAUUGCCGUGAGAUGACUUUCAGCUCUAAACACAUUACAAUGAAAGGACUGAUGAGAUGGCUUUCAGUUCUAGACACAUUGCCGUGAGAUGGCUUUCAGCUCUAAACACAUUACAAUGAAAGGACUGAUGAGAUGGCUUUCAGUUCUAGACACAUAGCCUUAUUGAUUAUAGAAAUAAAAGUAGUUUUCAUCCUCAUACAUUCAUUUCAUCCUCACACAUUCAUUUCAUCCUCAUACAUUCAUUUCAUCCUCACACAUUCAUUUCAUCCUCACACAUUCAUUUCAUCCUCACACAUUCAUUUCAUCCUCACACAUUCAUUUCAUCCUCACACAUUCAUUUCAUCCUCACACAUUCAUUUCAUCCUCACACAUUCAUUUCCUUAUGUUUUCAGAUCUUUGACUUUUUGAAAAGCACUAUAAUAAAAUGCCUACGGUAUGAAGAAAAACAACAGCUGUCGCUGUGGCUGAGAGAGUGUUGCCCAAUAGGUCCUAAGACAAUGGACCUUGUGCUAGAGGCUGUUGAACACAGGUAAUGAUGAAACAAUUCAUGGUUCCCAAUAGGUCCUAAGACAAUGGGCCUAGUGCAAGAGGCUGUUGAACACAGGUACUGAUGAAACAAUUCAUGGUUCCCAAUAGGUCCUAAGAAAAUGGACCUAGUGCAAGAGGCUGUUGAACAUAGGUAAUGAUGAAACAAUUCAUGGUUCCCAAUAGGUCCUAAGACAAUGGACCUAGUGCUAGAGGCUGUUGAACACAGGUAAUGAUGAAACAAUUCAUGGUUCCCAAUAGGUCCUAAGAAAAUGGACCAAGUGCUAGAGGCUGUUGAACAUAGGUAAUGAUGAAACAAUUCAUGGUUGCCAAUAGGUCCUAAGACAAUGGACCUAGUGCUAGAGGCUGUUGAACAUAGGUAAUGAUGAAACAAUUCAUGGUUCCCAAUAGGUCCUAAGACAAUGGACCUAGUGCUAGAGGCUGUUGAACACAGGUAAUGAUGAAACAAUUCAUGGUUCCCAAUAGGUCCUAAGACAAUGGACCUAGUGCUAGAGGCUGUUGAACAUAGGUAAUGAUGAAACAAUUCAUGGUUCCCAAUAGGUCCUAAGACAAUGGACCUAGUGCUAGAGGCUGUUGAACACAGGUACUGAUGAAACAAUUCAUGGUUGCCAAUAGGUCCUAAGACAAUGGACCAAGUGCUAGAGGCUGUUGAACACAGGUACUGAUGAAACAAUUCAUGGUUGCCAAUAGGUCCUAAGACAAUGGACCUAGUGCUAGAGGCUGUUGAACACAGGUAAUGAUGAAACAAUUCAUGGUUCCCAAUAGGUCCUAAGACAAUGGACCUAGUGCUAGAGGCUGUUGAACAUAGGUACUGAUGAAACAAUUCAUGGUUGCCAAUAGGUCCUAAGACAAUGGACCUAGUGCUAGAGGCUGUUGAACACAGGUACUGAUGAUGUUUUCAAAUAGAUCUGAAGUAGAAAUGAAAAGUUGGAGUAUAUUUUGACAGAAUAUCUAGUACUAAAAAUAGAACAUAUCCUAACUUUUAAAUUGUGACGGUUCUUUAAUUUACUCAGUACUUAUGACUGGGAUCAUGUGACUCAAGGUCUGGUCAUCCUUGGAUUUGGACUCAUGGACAGCUUUGGACCAAAGAUUGUGCUCGGUGUCUUACAAGACAAUGCUUCCAACAAAGGACACCUUACCCCAACACAACUAGCUUGCCAGCUUGGUCAUAAAAUACUGUUAAAAACUUUCAAAGUAAGAUUAUCUGAGAAUGAAACUUUUUCCAUCAUUCUUUGUAAGAUAUCAAACGUAUAUAUGCUAUAGUUUCUAUGAUUGCUUUGUUAGAUAUCAAUAGUAAAUAAGCUAUAUUUUCAAUGACCAUUUUGAUGUUGUCUUUCAUUAAAUUAACAUUUCUUUUAUAUCUCAAACUUUAAAAGUUUGUUGUCUAUUGCCAAAACAGUUCUAUAAAAAAAGGGAAGUAAUGCUCACUUAAAUGGAUAAGGGAAGUAAUGCUCUUUUAAAUGGCUAUCUAUUAGCAUUGCCUGAUCAAAUUCUAUCAUUUAAUCAUAACAAAAAUCAAUGAGUGUGAUCAACUGUCCUGUUUUUGUACAUAUGUAUCAAUAAUUAGUCCUGUUGUACACAUGUAUCCAUAAUUUGUCCUGUUGAACACAUGUAUUAAUCAUUUUUCCUGUUGUACACAUGUAUUAAUCAUUUGUCCUGUUGUACUCAUGUAUUAAUCAUUUGUCCUGUUGUAAUUUUUUACCUGUCUUGUUACAUUUUAUUUUAUUACCUGGCUUAACCAAAGAUUCAGUUCACAAGCCCAUUCAUUUAACCAAAGAUUCAGUUCACAAGCCCAUUCAUUCAACUAAAGAUUCAGUUCACAAGCCCAUUCUAUUAACCAAAGAUUCAGUUCACAAGUCCAUUCAUGUAAUAAAAGAUUCAGUUCACAAGCCCAUUCCUUCAUUCAAAGAUUCAAUUCACAAGCCCAUUCAUUUUAACCAAAGAUUCAGUUCACAAGCCAAUUCAUUUAACCAAAGAUUCAGUUCACAAGCCCAUUCAUGCGACCAAAGGUUCAGUUCACAAGCCCAUUCAUUUUAAUUCAUUCUAAAAAUUUAUACUUCAUUACAAUUUAAAAUAACUUUAAUAAAACAGUGGAUAAAUCAUUUUUAUUCUUGCUCGUGACUUUGUAAUCUUAUAAAAUGGUGGACUUUGUAAUCUUAUAAAAUGGUGGACUUUGUGAUCUUAUAAAAUGGUGGACUUUGUAAUCUUAUAAAAUGGUGGACUUUGUAAUCUUAUAAAAUGGUGGACUUUGUGAUCUUAUAAAAUGGUGGACUUUGUGAUCUUAUAAAUGGUGGACUUUGUGAUCUUAUAAAAUGGUGGACUUUGUAAUCUUAUAAAAUGGUGGACUUUGUGAUCUUAUAAAAUGGUGUGUUUGAUCUGUCUCUGAUCAGUUUCCAUCUGUUUGAUAUAUUGAAAGGUUCAUGAGGUUGUCAGGAGUGAGAUCUUGGAUCAGAUAUUUAACCACAUUAUGAAAGCCAGGACACCCGUCUCACACUAUCUUGGUGAGUGACUAUAUCUAUGUACACCUAGUGUAUGAAGGCAGCGUGACUAUAUCUAUGUACACCUAGUGUAUGAUGGCAGUGUGACUAUAUCUAUGCACACCUAGUGUAUGAUGGCAGUGUGACUAUCUAUGUACACCUAGUGUAUGAUGGCAGUGUGACUAUAGAUAUCUAUGUACACCUAGUGUAUGAUGGCAGUGUGACUAUUGAUAUCUAUGUACACCUAGUGUAUGAUGGCAGUGUGACUAUAUAGAUAUCUAUGUAUAUCUACUGUAGAAUGCCACUGUGACUUUAGAUAUCAAUGUAUAUCUACUGUAGAAUGGCAGUGUGACUAUAUAGAUAUCUAUGUAUAUCUACUGAAGAAUGGCACUGUGACUAUAUAGAUAUCUAUGUAUAUCUACUGUAGAAUGGCAGUGUGACUACAUAUGUAUUUACCUGUAAUAAUUAAAACAUUAAAAACAAACAAUGGAUUGCAUCCAACUUUGAAGUGGUCAUACCUCUUGACCCAGAAAACCCAUUAACUUCAGCAGUUGUAAUUUUUUAAAUGCGCAAAUUUAGGUGACUAGCACUGUGGUAAACUUCAAAAGGUAAUUUGACUUAAACCACUAUAAAUGGACGACCAUCUCAGAUAUUGCCCCGAAUCAUAAUUUUAUUUCUUGGUCUAUUUUCUGCUGAAUAUUCUGUUUAUCUGAGAUAUAAAGGGCAGUUUUAAGAGCUGCAAUUUAAAAAAAUAAUCAAAUUUAUUAUGUGGAUAACACCAGGUCAAAUACGCUCGUAUUAAAUAUGUUGGACAAAUUGAAGACUUUCGCUCUAAAUAAAAAUCCGUCAGGUUUCGUUCCCCAUAUUUUUAGCUUAAUUUUUGUUGCCCGUACUCAUGACCCUGUCCUCCCAUGUUUAGCCCUCUUGUUUGUUCAGAGAGUUCAGGGAAGAGGGUCGGUAGAGGAGCUUUUAAAAGAUUGGUUUAUAAAUAGCUGUUAACAAACUGCAUUUUUAUAGCUUAAAUGAAAGUUGUUAUUGCAAAGCUGCGUGUCAUCCGUGACAUUAUUCUUUUAUUUUUCACUAGUUAAAAAUCUAUUUAAAUGAUGCCCUAUCUAUUUUCAGAUCUGCUAUCUGACGCAGUUUACACCGCACCUCAACUCUUACUAGAGUCCAUCAGCAAAAUUCAGGAACUUAUUGUCCAAGUUCCUCAGCUGACACCCAAGACUGCUGAGGGUUUACUGUCUGCCAUACAGCCCCUGCUCAAACUCAAUGCUUUCCUCAAGGAUACACUCAUGCUUGUACUUAGAAAAGCUAUGUUUUCAAGGUAUUUCAUUUGUCACAUCUGUUUUAUCAGUAGAUGGAUUUAAUUUAUGAAUUCAGUCACUAUGCCUUAUUUUAUGAGCAAUCUGAAGAUAGUUCAACAUUUAAUUCUUAUGAGAAUGUGGGAGGAAUGUGGAGCCAUGAACAUAUACGUGGCAGCUGCAGAAUUGAUGGAAUAUCAUGUCAUCCCAGAAAAAAACUGCCCAUUUGUUGUAGAUUCGUCGAGAUUUUAAAAUAGUUCCAACCUUACGAAAUUCCAACAACCUAUGCUCAUUGUUUUAUUUAUUAUGUCAGACCCUAGGGUUCUUAAGGCGAAAUCUAAAGAUUGGCAACUCCUGUGUGAAAGAAAGAGCAUAUAAAGCCUUUAUCCGUCCGAUUUUAGAUUAUGCAUCUUCAGUCUGGGACCCAUUUACCCAGAAGAGCAUUGACAGGUUGGAGACGGUCCAGCGACGAGCAGCACGCUUUGUCCUAAACCGCUACAGGAAUACCUCUAGUGUUGGCAGCAUGCUAGAAACACUAGGCUGGUCACCAUUGGAGAAACGACGACGACAAUCCAGGCUCUCCAUGAUAGGCUCUCCAUGAUGUACAAGAUAAAUAAUGGGCUGGUCCACUGUUCCAGUAUUAAACAGAAACUCGUCCCUCUCCCCCAUAGACAGCGACGAGGCCAUGACAGGCAAUUCAGGCUCAUACCAGCAAGAACUCAGUACAGGAGCUGCUCAUUCCUGCCCAAGACAAUCAGGGACUGGAACAUUCUUUCAAAAGGAACGGUUGAGGCGACAACACUAGACACAUUUGUGUCUAUUGCCUCAAGCCAUCAAACCCCUAGUGCAUGAUUUCCUCAUCAACACCAAUAACAGAAACAUUGCAAAUCCCAUUUACAUGCAUAGGAGCCAAAAUUAUCAAUAAAUUGAUCGUGGGCCCAUUAAGAUAUAGAAGAAGAAGAUCCUUGGGAUUAUCUCCGCUUAUUAUGUAUAUAAAAUUUAAUUGUUUUUUUUUGUUUAGGAAAGGGAGUAUGAAUAGACUAUUAGUUUUUUAUUUUUAAGUAAUGAAAAAAAAUACAAUUAAUUACUUAUUAAGUGUGUCUAAUAAUUGAUUUUUGUUACAGACAGCUGGACUCGCGCAAAAUAGGGGUACUAGGAUUUCUCUUGAUUUUAAAACAUUUUCGUGUACUUGGUGGUCUCCCUUCCAGUCAAGUCAGUCAACCCAUAUCUUUAAGUCAGGCAAGUUGAAUGAGUUAUAACAGCCUGUAUAUUCUAAAUUAUAUUACGAAGGGAGAGACUGCAGUCAGGUUAGAUAGAAGGAAAUAUAUCAAACAAAGUAUGGGAAGGACUUUCUCAAACUUCGUUUCACAUAUUUCCUGUAUAUUCUAUGGUUUCAGGUAAUAUUAUUUUUACCUGUUUUAAACAAAAUUAUCAUUUAUUUUUUAAAAAUAUAAAAAUAUCAUUGUAUGCAAAAACGGUGUGAUAUUUUCACAAUUAUUUUAAUUAUGUAAACAAUUUUAAAAAAAAUUAAUAUCUGAUUGUAUAUUACAUUCAGCCUUAGUUAAAAGAAAAAUCAGAUUCCAUAUUACAUUUAGCUGCUGUUAAAAAAAUCAGAUUCCAUGUUACAUUUAUCUUCUGUUAAAAUAAAUCAGAUGCCAUGUUACAUUUAUCUUCUGUUAAAAUAAAUCAGAUUCCAUGUUACAUUUAGCUUCAGGUAGAUGUGCAUUCACGUUACAAUGCAGCGAGCAAUGAAGCCCUUUGCCUAGAAAUUGUGGGCAACUUGAGGAGAUGUUUCACUCAACAAGCAGAUAUAAGACUGAGCAUAUAUCAGGUCAGUGUUUAAAAUAAUUUAUAUUCAUGGUUCUUCCAUUUUAACUGAUUCCCGAUGAGAGUGCUGAUGGGAGUGUUACUUCUAUACUUAAUUUUUAUACCUGAACAAAGGGAAGUAACAAAUAACAAGCAGUGACCAAGAAAUCUAUUUUCGGCAUAUCGGAUGAACUUAUGUUAGGUCUAGACAAACCAUACUAGAUAGAAAGUGAAGCAAGAUAACAACUUCAGUUUUUAAAAAAAUAGAAAUCACACCAUCACUGGAUUUCUUGAGGGAUGCUAGAUUUCGUUACUAUUUUUAAAUAAAAAUGAGAGAGAUGCACACAGGAUGCUCUUGGGCACAUCAUUGGAAACGCCCAAGGUCACAUUUAGUUGCAACCAAUGGAACACCUGCAAGGUCACAUUUAGUUGCAACCAAUGGAACACCUGCAAGGUCACAAUUAGUUGCAACCAAUGGAAUACCCCAAGGUCACAUUUAGUUGCAACCAAUGGAAUACCCCAAGGUCACAUUUAGUUGCAACCAAUGGAACACCCGCAAGGUCACAAUUAGUUGCAACCAAUGGAACACCCGCAAGGUCACAAUUAGUUGCAACCAAUGGAACACCCGCAAGGUCACAAUUAGUUGCAACCAAUGGAAUACCCCAAGGUCACAAUUAGUUGCAACCAUCAGGAGUGAGUUAAAUGUUCUAUCUUGGAAUGUUUUUUAUAUAACUAACAGCUCCACAAUUAUAGAAAUAUAAUUGUUUGGUCCUUCUUAGUAUUAAGAGAAAGUUUUGAAUGUCAUGUGCAGAGGGACAAGAAGGAGGUGGAGAGAGAAUAUGAAACAUGGAGGAAUAUGUGCUGCAUUUUGAAGGUUUGCUCUUGCAAUGAUUUAAGUCUAUAUCUUAUAGCAUUGGAAUAGAUAUCGGCCAUAUGUGUGCGUUGUAAAGUAUGUGAAGUGUAUAAGAUCAUGACAAUUAUAUCAUUCCAACCAACUAGGAGUCUUAUUUUAUAUUGUGAAUUGAAAUAUGUGAUAAAAGAUACAGUGCUAAAAACCAUCAGAUCGGUCUGGUGCUUCCAUAGCAGUAAGUUAUCUUAAUAAUUAGACAGCACUGAAUAGGCAGCAAGCCACAGCUGCAACACUGGUGAUAUAGAGAUUAAUUAUAAGUAACACAGAAGCAUGGGUGCCCGCAGAAAACUUUCUAGGGGGGGGACAAAAAAAAUCGAUUAACUUUCCAGGGGGGUGGAGGGGGGCAAAAAUUUUUUAGUAAUGUUUUAAUAUAGUUUUAAUUUACUGUAGCGUAUUGUAUGGUGAACGAACGGACAGGACAUCAGCUUAGUUACUUUCUCUUUAUUUUCUCUUUACUUUCUCUUUACUUUCUCUUUACUUUAAUACAUUUUUUGUCUAUUUUUGUAUAAAAAUGUUUUAUCCAAUCAAUCCAGGAGGGGGCAAGUGCCCCCCCUUGUGUCCCUCUGCGGGCGCCCAUGUAUAGAAGAUGUAGUGUUAAACAGGACCCUUACAAUAACGUUGCACAUUUUUAAAGAAUAAAUUUUGGUUUAAAGUGACUUCGAUAAAACUAACCUAGUGGUAGUUUCGUCAAAUAUUUUGAAAUAAUUGUCCUCAUUUCAGGGUCUCUAUGAUGUUCUUCACAAAAAUUCCCAGCUGGUAAAUCCAGUGUUGGACAUGCUGCUUUCACAGGUAUGUUACAUGCGUUUCUAAUUUCAACGAAAAAGACUGAUGCAGUUAUUUGACAAUUAUAAUAGUUAAAGGACUGCAUUCAAGCCUAGUAAAUGAAAUAGCAAAACAAGAGGUAUGUGGAAGCUUGUAUGGGGGUUUUCUCAUCUCCUUCACUGAUUAUCUUUAGACAGGACAGAAAUCUAGGUGACCUUCUGGUUCAUAGUCGCCUUCGAUCUGAACCGUCUUACGUUGGUACUAAACCAUGCUAAGAGGCCGCUGCAGGACUUGUCCCUUUAAACUCCAAAUGGAAAGCAUUAGCCUCCCUAAAGAUACCUUUACCAUUAAAGAGGGUUUCACCUGUGUCAGCCGUAAUGUAAUUAUGCGAUUGUGUGCCGUCGAUGCCAAUCUAGUUACAUAGGUGAAACUGAGAGAAGUUAGGCUCAUAGGUUUACUGAACAUCUCUGGGAUAUUGAACAAGGUAAACCUUCACCAGUCUCUUCUCAUUUCAACAGCGAUGAACAUAAAGGUGCAUUGGAUGUAACCAUUACGGCAUUGAUUUCAUGCAGUAACACACCAGAUAGGGUUAAAAUGGAAAAUAAAUGUAUUCAUCUGUUUGGCACCAUAUCUCCAUAUGGUAUUAAUCAAAUACUAUCCUACUGAUGUUGCUUUGUUUCCCUAUAUUUCAUCUAUUUUCUUAUUGCUGUGUGUUUAUGUAUCCCUGGAUAUUCUGGUCCAUUAUUUUUGUGGACCUUAUUUUUCACAGUGUCAAUAUUUAUAUUCUCUCGCUUACUGUGUUCGCACUUCCGGCGACAACAAUGGAUAUUUAUUGAGUUGUUUACUGCGCUCUGUUCUUUGUGAUAUAUUCAUUUGUACUGUGAGCUGAAGAAGGCUCUAUGCCAAAACGUUGUAAUCUUUUUGUCCUGUUCCACAUACCUCGUUCUGCUAUUUCAAUUAUCUGACAAUUAAUUGGUAAAAGAAAGAAUGAUGUGCAAUACAGAUUAGCUGCAAAUAAUUCUACACAGUGCAAGCACGGUGAAACAAAUGAUUAUUGUUGACACAUAAAAUAGUGUAACGGUAUCCUCCCAGUUGUUAAAGCAAAGUUCACCAGCUCUUCAGUUCAUCAGCUCUUUAGUUCAUCAACUCUUCAGUUCAUCAGGUUUUCAGUUCAUCAGCUCUUUAGUUCAUUUGAUCACAGAUGCUCUUACGUUUCAUUUUUGGUUACAGCUGAAGAAAUACUAUGAACCUAAUGAGGGCCUCCCCCCUUUGAGAUUAGAACCCUGUAUCAUUACACAGGGAGAGCAAGUUUAUUUAGCUGAACCUUUGGUAAGUAUUAUAACACAGGGAAAGUUUCAUAACACAGGGAGAGUAAGUUUCAUAACACAGGGACAGUAAGUUUAUUCAGCUGAACAUUUGGUAUGUACUUUACAAUGGAACCUUUAGUCUAUGAUGUCUUUAAAACUAUUAUUGAUUUAAUAAAAUGUUUAGAAUGAAAUCAAAUUUGUAUGCAUCAGACCAUAAACCUUUUAAUCUAGUAAAACACCUAUGAUGGUCAAAGAAAAUGAUUUCUUCUAUAGAGAAGACUUCAGACCUGGCUGUCUAGGACUUUUAGGAUGCUGACUAGUUUAUUCAUAUCUAGGCCACAGCUGCUUGUACAUUUAGAAAAUAAUCAAGUUAGGUUUACUGCACAAUAUUUACAUACCAUGGCAAUUUUAUUUAAAUUUUAACACUAUUUUUGAUUACUAAAUUAGUCCCAUUUAGUCGGCUGUGCCCAGCAAUGUCUCAGGGAAUCCAUUAAAAUACUCAGCAACACAAGCCCAACUGAUGAUGAUGAUGAGCCAGAGUCCAGUCGGGAGCCACAUGGUGUAGAGGAGCUGCAGAAUAUUCUGGAAACUAUGACCAAACGAAUUAUUAAGGCUGACAUGGAAGAUUUUGAGUUGGUGAGAUUAAGGAGCAAUUGAUAUAAUUUUAAGAUUAAAUUUGGUGAGAUUAGGAAGUAAUUGAUACAAGUGUAAGAUUAAAUUUGGUGAGAUUAAGGAGCAAUUGAUAUAAGUUUAAGAUUAAAUUUGGUGAGUUUAGGAAGCAAUUGAUACAAGUGUAAGAUUUUAAAAAAAAUUAUAAAUGCGUAAAGUUUAUGCUUUUGAAAAAAAUUAUUAACAACAAAUCAGUGGAUCUAAUCAACUAAUUAACUAAUAAAUGGAUAGGUCCUAACAAGUCAAUGGAUAGGUCCUAACAAAUCAAUGGAUAAGUCCUAUCAAAUCAGUGGAUAGGUCCUAACAAAUCAGUGGAUAGGUCCUAACAAAUCAGUGGAUAGGUCCUAACAAAUCAGUGGAUAAGUCCUAACAAAUCAAUGGAUAUUCCUAACAAGUCAAUGGAUAGGUCCUAACAAAUGAAUGGAUAGGUACUAAAAAAUUCAAUGGAUAAGUCCUAAGAAGUUGAUGGCUUUACAGAAAACUGGUUUGUUUAGAAAGCCAAAGUAUUCAUCAUUGAAUGUUUCUUGUUGUUUUUUUUCUUCUUUCAACAGGAUAAGAGCGCUGACUUUUCCCUAGCCACUGGUGUAGGUGUCAGAAAUAACAUAUUCGCCAUACUUCUUUUAGGGCUCUAUGAAGUGCUCAUGGAAUUCUCAUUUGAGACAGGCAAAUUCAGGUCAGUCUUGAGAAAUCUCAGGCUAAAUUAUAGAGCAUUUGAGAUUUGUGCAUAGAGGACAUUAAGUGCAGCAUAUAGAGGACAGUACAUGCAGCAUAUAGAGGACUGUACAUGUAGUCUAAUCAUUAAGAAAAUUCACAUUUCAAUUUGAAAAAACUUAACGUCUAAUCAUGUUUCCUUUAGUCCUGAGAGCUGUAAGCAAGUUCUGGAACUGUUCAGUAAACACAACCAACUUGGAUCAGUGGUCAGAGACAAAAGUGCAGCAGGUGCUGGGAAGAAAGGAAAAGUAACCCAACCAAAAACAACAAACUUCUCUCUUCUCUCCUUGCCGUGCAUCAUCAAUUUUAUCAAAGCCAUCUUCAAGUAAGUCUGAGAUUCAAUAAAAAUGAUUCACAUGAAAUGACACUUCUCCACUUGGACUGGCCUACUAUGACACUUCUCCACUAGGACUGACCUACUAUGACACUUCUCCACUAGGACUGACCUACUAUGACACUUCUCCACUAGGAAUGGCCUACUAUGACAAAAGACACUUCUCCACUAGGACUGGCCUACUAUGACAAAAGAAAAUUCUCCACUAGGACUGGCCUACUAUGACAAAAGACACUUCUCCACUAGGACUGGCCUACUAUGACAAAAGACACUUCUCCACUAGGACUGGCCUACUAUGACACUUCUCCACUAGGACUGGCCUACUAUGACAAAAGACACUUCUCCACUAGGACUGACCUACUAUGACACUUCUCCACUAGGACUGGCCUACUAUGACAAAAGACACUUCUCCACUAGGAGGACUGACCUACUAUGACAAAAAACACUUCUCCACUAGGACUGACCUACUAUGACAAAAGACACUUCUCCACUAGGACUGACCUACUAUGACAAAAGACACUUUUCCACUAGGACUGACCUACUAUGGCAAAAGACACUUCUCCAUUAGGACUGACCUAUGACACUUCUCUACUAGGACUGACCUACUAUGACAAUGGACACUUCUCAACUAGGACUGGUCUACUAUGGCAAAUGACACCUCCACUAGGACUGGUCUACUAUGACAAAUGCCACCUCCACUAGGACUGGUCUACUAUGACAAAUGACACUUCUCCACUAGGACUGGUCUACUAAGGCAAAUGACACCUCCAUUAGGACUGGUCUACUAUGACAAAAGACACUUCUCCACUAGGACUGACCUACUAUGACACUUCUCCACUAGGACUGGCCUACUAUGACAAAAGACACUUCUCCACUAGGAGGACUGACCUACUAUGACAAAAAACACUUCUCCACUAGGACUGACCUACUAUGACAAAAGACACUUCUCCACUAGGGCUGACCUACUAUGACAAAAAACACUUUUCCCACUAGGACUGACCUACUAUGACAAUAGACACUUCUCCACUAGGACUGACCUACUAUGACAAAAGACACUUUUCCACUAGGACUGACCUACUAUGACAAAAGACACUUUUCCACUAGGACUGACCUAUGACAUUUCUCUACUAGGACUGACCUACUAUGACAAAUGACACCUCCACUAGGACUGGUCUACGAUGACAAAUGCCACCUCCACUAGGACUGGUCUACUAUGACAAAUGCUAAGUUAAAGCUGGUUUUACUAUUCAUUUUGAUAUAUCAGAUUUUGCUUGUUAUGUAACAUUAGCUAUAAAACUGUUUAAAAUAUGAUUGUUAUGUAACAUUAGCUAGAAAACUGUUUAAAAUAUGAUUGUUAUGUAACAUUAGCUAUAAAACUGUUCAAAAUAUGAUUGUUAUGUAACAUUAGCUAAAAAACUGUUUAAAAUGUGAUUGUUAUGUAACAUUAGCUAUAAAACUGUUUAAAAUAUGAUUGUUAUGUAACAUUAUCUAGAAACUGUUUAAAAUAUGAUUGUUAUGUAACAUUAUCUAGAAACUAUUUAAAGUAUGAUUGUUAUGUAACAUUAGCUAUAAAACUGUUUAAAAUGUGAUUGUUAUGUAACAUUAUCUAGAAACUGUUUAAAAUGUGAUUGUUAUGUAACAUUAGCUAUAAAACUGUUUAAAAUAUGAUUGUUAUGUAACAUUAGCUAUAAAACUGUUUAAAAUAUGAUUGUUAUGUAACAUUUGCUAUAAAACUGUUUAAAAUGUGAUUUUUAUGUAACAUUAGCUAGAAAACUGUUUAAAAUAUGAUUGUUAUGUAACAUUUGCUAUAAAACUGUUUAAAAUAUGAUUGUUAUGUAACAUUAGCUAGAAAACUGUUUAAAAUAUGAUUGUUAUGUAACUUGAGCUAUAAAGCUAUUUGAAACAUGAUUGUUGUGUAAAAUUAGCUUUACUAUAAAGCUGUUUUAAAUAUGUUUGUUCUAUUUUUAAAGACUAGCAAAUAGAAAACUUAGGAGUAAUGUGACAGUAGUUAAAGUUUCAUUACAAAUUUACAGUUUCUUUUUUUUAAAAACAUAAAAUAAAAUAUUCAGUCAAAAGUUGAAAGAAAACAGAACCAUUUGUGUCAAUAUUUAAGUCAAGGUUUUUAAUCAUUCUGCAUGUUACAAUCAGUGAUCAGAGUAAUCAGACCGACCAUCCCACCAAGCAGCCCACAGACGGCGGCGGUGUUGAUGAGCUGAGGGCAGACAAAGACUUCCUGCCUUAUCUCGUCUCCGUAGCAACACAGAAGCUCGGACAGGUGGCCAGUAAAGGCACCUGUGAGGGGGAACAACUCAGCGAAGAAAAAUUGUUGAAAAGUUGCCACAUGCUGGGAAGGUUGGUAAAUUAAUUAAGAGAUGAGUAUUUCUUAGAGAUAAGUACUUCUCAGAGAUAAGUACAGUGGGACCUCUCUUAACGAGCAUAAUUCGUUCCAGAACUUUACUCGUUAAGCGAAACACACAUUAAACGAAACCAUUUUUCCCAUACAAAUCUGUGUAAAAUACGAUAAUGCGUUCCAUGCUGAAAGAAUACUAAUUUUUCAAAAUCUUUUAUUAACAUUUAUUCAAAUAAAAUUAUUUAUCAAUUGUUAAGGAGUGUAACAACUUGGAAUACAAUUUAGAUUUGAAAUAAAAAACGUAAAUAAAAAUAUGAAUUUAUGAAAAAUAAUUAAUCCCUUUUAACUAGAAAACUGUCUAAAGACAUUGGUUUUUGCCGACGCUUCAAAAUUUGAACAAAAUAUGUCACAGCAUUAUCAUUGAAUAAAUUUUUAGCACGAAUAGUCACCUCCUUAUUAGGGUGAUGCUUCUCAAUGUACGAUGCAACAGUUUCCUAUGCUUUCAGCAUUUCUCUUAUUGCGCUAGAAGAUUGUUGCUCUGCUACUUCCUCCUCCAUUAAUGAGCUCUCCUCCAUAAUUUCUUGCUGUGAAACAUGAUGCAACUCCAUAAGCUCUUCGGUGGUCAACUCUUGACUGUGCUCUUUCACAAGCUCGUCAAUAUCGUUUUUGUCCACCUCGAGUCCCAUGAUAUUGGCCAAUGACACAAUCUCGUUAAAUGUAGAGACUCCACAAAUACUGUUUCAAAAUCACAUUCAACAGCACUCUCUGGCCAAAGUUUUUUCCAAGCAGAAGUGAGGGGAAAAGAGACUUCCCCUUUCUGCGUAACUCGUUAUGCGAAAUUUCGCUCAUUAAGGGAGCAACUUCUUCACAUUUUUUUUUGCUCGUUAUGAGAGGUGCUCGUUAUGAGAGGUUCCACUGUAUGUUUUAGAGAGAAGUAUUUCUUGAAUUCCAAAACAUUUGGUAACCAGUAAAGGGCUGGAAUGUUACUAUCAAUGAAACUGAUCAUUUAAGUAAGAAAUAAUAAGAUGACUCAACCAUUUUAAUUGACCAGAUAGAAGAUUCAACAGGUCAAAUUGACCAGAUAGAUGACACAACCGGUCAAAAUGACCAGAUAGAUGAUUCAGCCUGUCAAAUUGACCAGGUAGAUGACUUAUUCUGUCUAAGUGACCAGAUUUUUAAAUAGGACAUAAUACGAUGACUCAACCUGUCAAAUGAACCAGAUUAUUGAUCACUUUAGCUUAGUUAAACAUUUUCAGUAAAGUCCUGUUGAAUAGAUGUGACACUGUCACAAAUGAACCACAAGAAAAUUGUACAGAGAAAUAGCAUCUUUAAUCCCAACAGAAACAAGUUGAAUUUUUCAACAUCAGGUUGUUUUAUCUGUACUACAUUGUUGUAUCAACAUCAGGUUGUUUUAUCUGUACUACUUUGUUGUAUCAACAUCAGGUUGUUUUAUCUGUACUACAUUGUUGUAUCAACAUCAGGUUGUUUUAUCUGUACUACAUUGUUGUGUCAACAUCAGGUUGUUUUAUCUGUACUACAUUGUUGUAUCAACAUCAGGUUGUUUUAUCUGUACUACAUUGUUGUAUCAACAUCAGGUUGUUUUAUCUGUACUACUUUGUUGUAUCAACAUCAGGUUGUUUUAUCUGUACUACAUUGUUGUAUCAACAUCAGGUUGUUUUAUCUGUACUACAUUGUUGUAUCAACAUCAGGUUGUUUUAUCUGUACUACAUUGUUGUAUGAACAUCAGGUUGUUUUAUCUGUACUACAUUGUUGUAUCAACAUCAGGUUGUUUUAUCUGUACUACAUUGUUGUAUCAACAUCAGGUUGUUGUAUCUGUACUACAUUGAAAAGCAAAUUGCUGACGAUGACACAAACUCACGGGACCAAAAACUGACCAGUCGGUGUCUUGAAGGCCUGGGACUAGUGGUUGAAAUUGCCAGUAAACAUGGACUUGAUGCGGUUCAUCAGUGCCUCACACAUUUGGGUCAGUUUCAACGUGUCAAUAUUCAUUUGUGUAGCAAUGAAAUCAUUCGCUAUCUAUUUUCUAUUUCAAUUAAUUCUUGUUUUGUGUUUAAAAAGCAACCAGUCUCAGUUCUCUAUAAGAUCAAAAAUACUUUCUUCAACCUUUCAACUUUCUUUAUUUCCAUAACCAACAUAAACAAAUACCUCAUGUUUGAAGAGGUAUUUCUUUCUUAUAGUUUCUUCAUAAUAAUACAUUUCUUUCUUAUCAUUUAUUCAUAAUAAUUCAUUUCUUUCUUAUAGUUUGUUCAUAAUAAUACAUUUCUUUCUUAUCAUUUGUUCAUCAUAAUAAAUUUGUUUCUUAUCAUUUGUUAAUAAUAAUGCAUUUAUACAUUUAUUCUUUCAUUAGAAAAGGAACCUGGGAAUGAAAAGGAGCGCUUGAAAGAAUCGGAUAAAAUAGAGAAAAUUCACAAGCAUCUCAUGAAGUUUCAGGUCUGGACAUUUGCUUCUGAUUUCUCUGAUUUAUCAGUGACUAUUUCCCUGAUAUAAGUUACUUAAUAGUUCUCUGAUAUUAGUUAAUAGUUCUCUGAUAUUAGUUAAUAGUUCUCUGAUAUUAGUUAAUAGUUCUCUGAUAUUAGUUAAUAGUUCUCUGAUAUUAGUUAAUAGUUCUCUGAUAUUAGUUAAUAGUUCUCUGAUAUUAGUUAAUAGUUCUCUGAUAUUAGUUAAUAGUUCUCUGAUAUUAGUUAAUAGUUCUCUGAUAUUAGUUAAUAGUUCUCAAGCUGAGGCUUAGCAAUUUUUGAAAAGUGAAACCAGACAAUGUAUGGCAUCUUUCCGUCUGCGGGAGACGAUAGAUUAUCUUUAUAGCUUGCAGCUUUUGGUGUGGCUGGUGAGACCAAUCCUCGAAUGGCAGUCUCUGUUACAUAUCCCAUACAUGAAUGCGGUGGAGCAGUAUUUACCAGCCUUCCUCCUCGCUCUUUUUGCAGCUGUUUCCGCCCUGUUUUGAUCCUCGGCAUGUAGUGAUCCUGCCUUCACGAUGGCCCGUCAUGAGGAUCGAUCCUCUGCCAGCUCCUCCCAGUUUGAGAUGUCGAUGUUAGAGGACUUCAUGUCUCUUUUGCAUAUGUCUAAGUAUCUCAGACGAGGCCGUCCAACUGACCUUUUCCCUGUCGCCAGCUCGCUGUACAGCACGUCCUUUGGUAUGCAACCAGAUUGCAUUCGCUUGACGUGUCCAAGCCAGCGGAGGCGUCUUUGGAUUAACAUGGCUGGGACGCUACACAUGUUUGUUUGGGACAGGACAUCCGUGUUGGGGACUCUAUCUUGCCAUUUAAUGUCAAGGAUGUGGCGCAGGCAUCUGAGGUGGAAGCCAUUGAGCCUUCUUUCGUGUUUAGAGUAUGUGGUCCACGACUCGCAUCCAUACAGAAGUGUGCUCAGUACGCAGGUCUGGUACACCUGCAGCUUAGUUCUUAUUGUGAGUUUGGCAUUUGACCAGACUCUUUUCUUCAGUCUGGCCAUAACAGUUGCGGCCUUCCCUAUCCUCCCACUUAUCUCAUCCUCCAUUGAGAGGGUGCUCGAUAUGUUGGAUCCCAGAUAUGUGAAUCUGUCAACAGUAUCCAAGUCGUAGUCGUCGAUGGCGAUAGUUGGGAGGGAGUCAGCGCCCUGUGCCAUAAUGUUAGUUUUCUUUAUGCUAAUUGUCAGGCCAAACUCUUUGCAGGCAGCGGAUAGGCUGGAUACGAGGCUCUGCAGGCCGUAAGCUGUAUGAGAUACCAAAGCGGCAUCGUCCGCAAACAAGAACUCCCGCAGCAAGACCUUUCUUGUUUUAGUCUUAGCUCUAAGGCGGGCAAUGUUGAAUAAUUUGCCGUCAUCUCUAGUGUGGAUGUAUAUCCCCUCGCUGUUGUUCUGAAAGGCAUACUGGAGUAGGAUGGAGAAAAAGAUUGCAAAUAAAGUAGGAGCCAGCACGCAACCUUGCUUAACUCCACUACUCACUGGAAAAGCUUCUGAGGCGGCACCGUUAUAGCACACUGUGCCCUGCAUGUUUUCGUGGAACUGCUUGAUGAUGUUAAGCAGUCGUGUAGGGCAGCCUAUCUUUUUGAGGAUCUGAAACAGGCCGCUUCUGCUGACAAGAUCAAAAGCCUUAGUGAGGUCGACAAACGCAAUGUAUAAAGGCAUAUGUUGCUCCCUGCACUUCUCCUGCAGCUGGCGCAGAGAGAAGAUCAUGUCUAUGGUUGACCUACCGGCGCGAAAACCACAUUGCGAUUCUGGGAGUACACGCGAUGCUAGGGAACCAGACAAUAUAGACAUGUACUGUACCAAUUUUUUAUAAAAAAAUUGUAAGUAAACAUAAGUCGGAACUUAACGUUUACUUUAAAUUUUAAAAUAAACAUUAGUUGAAACUUAAUUUUUACUUUAAUUUUUCACAUAAACGUUAGUUGUGACUAAAUGUUUACUGAAAUUCAAGCCUAAAUUAUAUAUGAACAUUUCCAAGGGAAGUAAGUAAAAAUGAACACAUUUGACAUGACUCUAAUUUUUCUUCCAGCGCUUGGUGGCCACUAUUUUAAGUGAAGACAAAGAACAUCAGAACAUGAAGGAUGUGUCUGUUAUUCUGUCUGUGAUGGCCCACCUGGUCAUCUACCUACCAAAUCAAGGCCAAGAGUACCUACAAGUGCAUACCUGGCUACAUAAAGUGGCCACGGAGCAGACAAUAGGUCAGAGUUAAAACAUUGGACAUGUUGGGGGGGUUUGGUGGCAGGGUGUGGUGAGAUGGUGUCGUGGUGGGGGGAGGUUGUGUGGUGGGAGGGUGGGGAGAGGUUGUGUGGUGGGGGGAGGUUGUGUGGUGGGAGGGUGUGGGGGAGGUAGGCUUUAGAAUGCUGAGACAAAUAUAUUGACCAACAAAAGUUUAAGGACAUUUAGAAUUAAUUCAUGAGUCAACACCAUAGCGUGCAUGCAAAUAUAAGUUCAGCGUUCAUGAAUUAAUCAGGAAAUUCAGGUGUCACUUACAAAUGUUCAGGACUCAACUUUGUGUUCAAAAACUUUUUUUUAAAAAAUGAAAACUUUCAAAGUAUUCCAGUCUGCAGCGUCAAAUAUUUCAUUUGCGGAAAUCUAAUUGUUUCUGUGGUUCACAUGUUGUUCUGACUUUGUCAUGUUCCCCAGACGAUGCAGCUACUUGUCGUCAGAUCUUGUCGCUGUUGCUAAACCUUAGCAGGCAGACGAAAUCAUUACCACAGCUGCUACGUACUCUGUGCCAGGAUGUCCAUAGUCAGCUGGGAGAUAUAGAGCUGGUCAGAUGUUAUAGUCACUAGUCAGAUUUUAUAGUCACUAGUCAAAUGUUAUAGUCACUAGUCAAAUGUUAUAGUCACUCGUCAGAUGUUAUAGUCACUAGUCAGAUGUUAUAGUCACUAGUCAGAUGUUAUAGUCACUAGUCAGAUGUUAUAUUAUAGUCACUCGUCAGAUGUUAUAGUCACUAGUCAGAUGUUAUAGUCACUAGUCAGAUGUUAUAUUAUAAUUAAUAGUCAGAUGUUAUAGUCACUAGUCAGAUGUUAUAGUCACUAGUCAGAUGUUAUAUUAUAAUUAAUAGUCAGAUGUUAUAGUCACUAGUCAGAUGUUAUAGUCACUAGUCAGAUGUUAUAGUCACUAGUCAGAUGUUAUAGUCACUAGUCAGAUGUUAUAGUCACUAGUCAGAUGUUAUAGUCACUAGUCAGAUGUUAUAGUCACUAGUCAGAUGUUAUAGUCACUAGUCAGAUGUUAUAGUCACUAGUCAGAUGUUACCCUUCAGGUGUUACAUUUAAAAUAACACUGUUAUCCAUCAAAUGUUUAUAGCAUGGCUACACUCAGAGCAAUAAAUAGGAACAAAUUCAACAACAUGGCUACACUAAAUAGGAACAAAUAUAACAACAUGGCUACACUAAUUAGGAACACAUAAAACAACAUGGCUACACUUGCGUGAACAUCUCAUAGCUUUAAAUAAUGUGUUUUUUUGUAUUGGUGCUUUUUUUUAAUAUCAUUGUUUUACAAAGGUGUCAGUCUGUCACAAAGAUGUCAGUCUGUCACAAAGGUGUCAGUCUGUCACCAGUUUUCAGUUUCCAGUUAUAAAGCAUGAAAAAUAAGUUCAUAAAGGACUUUGAUCAAUAAAUAGGGCAAUGUUAUCUGCUUCAAUGUGGACAAGUUUUGAAUGUGACGGUUCAGUAAGAAAUUGUCCACUUUGUUUCAGGUCCGUCACAUACAAAACCUUUAUAAGCACUGUCUUAAAUGAUAUAACGAAAACUAAAAUUGUUUAUUAUUUGAUAUUGAUUUGAUGACCAACAGGACUGUGAGGUUGAUGAACGCACAAAUUUCUCAGUGACAAAAUCUUCCAACUGUCCCACCACUGGCGUCGUUACACUUGUGCUCACUUACCUGGAGGAUGACCUUGAUGACAUUGACUGGGUCAUCGGAUGUCACAAAGCAUCCAUGCUGGCAUCCCCUGGUCAUUUAGAGCAAGGUCAGUGUCCAAACAGGUCAUUGUGACAUUGUAGUCAGUGUCCAAAUAGGUCAUGAGGUCAGUGUCCUAACAAGUCAUUGUGAUCCUAGGGUCAUGAGGUCAGUGUCCUAAUAAGUUCUUGUGACCCUAGGGUCAUUAGGUCAGUGUCCUAAUAAGUUAUUGUGCAUUAGGGUAAAUGUGAUGGUAGAAAUUUUGAUAUAUGUGGUUGCUGACAGAGAAACAUUGAUAGAUGUGGUUGUUGACAUAGAAGAAACAUUGAGAGAUGUGGUUGUUGACAUAGACACAUUGAGAGAUGUGGUUGUUGAUAGAGAAACAUUGAGAGAUGUGGUUGUUGACAUAGAAACAUUGAGAGAUGUGGUUGUUGACAUAGAAACAUUGAGAGAUGUGGUUGUUGAUAGAGAAACAUUGAGAGAUGUGGUUGUUGAUAGAGAAACAUUGAGAGAUGUGGUUGGUGAUAGAGAAACAUUGAGAGAUGUGGUUGUUGACAUAGAAACAUUGAGAGAUGUGGUUGUUGAUAGAGAAACAUUGAGAGAGAUUAUUACAACCAUGCUCCCUUUGGGUCUUCCUAAAAUACAAUGAUGAAAGUUUGUUAUAAUUUUUGUAUACAAUGUUGUUGUCAAUUGAUAUUUGUCCUUUUGUUUCCCUCGUGUCAGAACCUGGAGCAGCAACCCAAGUUGAGAGCAUUGAGAAAUCAAUUUGUACCAGACUAGGAUUGCUUGUCAUCAGUUUUGUACAACUGACUCACUCGGCAAUCAGCAACAAGCAGUGUUCACAAGCGCUGCUCAAGGCUGUGACAAAACUCUUCAACACUCUCACGGCUUUGACCAAACAUGUACGCACAUAUUCACCCUUAGAUUUAAAUUACAGUAGAGUGACACUUUUAUGAAGUAAUUGAGACGCAUGUAUUUGUAAUAAAAGAUUUUUAGUAAACCAAACACUGUCAGAUGCAGGAUGUACUAAGGAAAUUUGUGCCAUGAAAACACUUACAGUUGUACACGUGUGGUGAUUUAUUUCAGUCCUACAACUCUGAUUUAUUUUAGUUGUACACGUGUGGUGAUUUAUUUCAGUUGUACAUGUGAUUUAUUUCAGUUGUACACGUGUGGUGAUUUAUUUUAGUUGUACAUAUGUGGUGAUUUAUUUCAGUUGUACACAUGGGGUGAUUUAUUUCAGUUGUACACGUUUGAUGAUUUAAUUUUACAUGUGUGGUGAUUUAUUUUAGUUGUACACCUGUGGUAAUUUAUUUUAGUUGUACACGUGUGGUGAUUUAUUUCAGUUGUACAUGUGUGGUGAUUUAUUUUAGUUGUACACGUGUGGUGAUUUAUUUAGUUGUACCCGUGUGGUGAUUUAUUUUAGUUGUACACAUGUGAUGAUUUAAAAUUAACGUUACUAUUGAAAAUUGAAAAAUCCAAUCAUCCCAGUCACCAUUAAGCCAAUCAUCCCACUCACCAUUAAGCCAAUCACCCCACUCACCAUUAAGCCAAUCAUCCCAGUCACCAUUAAGCCAAUCAUCCCAGUCACCAUUAAGCCAAUCAUCCCAGUCACCAUUAAGCCAAUCAUCCCACUCACCAUUAAGCCAAUCAUCCCACUCACCAUUAAGCCAAUCAUCCCAGUCACCAUUAAGCCAAUCAUCCCAGUCACCAUUAAGCCAAUCAUCCCAGUCACCAUUAAGCCAAUCACCCCACUCACCAUUAAGCCAAUCAUCCCACUCACCAUUAAGCCAAUCAUCCCAGUCACCAUUAAGCCAAUCACCCCACUCACCAUUAAGCCAAUCAUCCCAGUCACCAUUAAGCCAAUCACCCCACUCACCAUUAAGCCAAUCAUCCCAGUCACCAUUAAGCCAAUCACCCCACUUACCAUUAAGCCAAUCACCCCACUCACCACUAAGCCAAUCAUCCCACUCACCAUGAAGCCAAUCACCCCACUCACCACUAAGCCAAUCACCCCACUUACCACUAAGCCAAUCACCCCACUCACCGUUAAGUCAACGACCCCACUCACCAUUAAGCCAAUCAUCCCACUCACCAUUAAGCCAAUCACCCCACUCACCAUUAAGCCAAUCACCCCACUCACCAUUAAGCCAAUCACCCCACUCACCAUUAAGCCAAUCACCCCACUCACCAUUAAGCCAAUCACCCCACUCACCAUUAAGCCAUUCACCCCACUCACCAUUUAGCCAUUCACCCCACUCACCAUUUAGCCAAUCACCCCAGUCACAUUUAAGCCAAUCACCCCACUCACAGUUAUUCCUCUGAUUUAAAAAGAAUUUUUAUACUCUACUUCUAAUAUACUGAACAUCAAUAUUUUUUAUUUAGAAGAAGUGUCUGCCAACUUCCAAUAUUUUCUGCCAACUGCUAAUAUUUAAUGCCAAUAUCCUUUAAAUUUAUUUUUACAGUUUUGAAAUAUAUUAAACUGCAUUAGAUAAAAUUAAAUGGAUUUAAUUCCAGCAAUACUGCACUUGUAUUACAAUUCAUUGCAUUCUAAUUGUAGUCUUACAUUCUUAGUAUAGUCUGACAUCCUAAGUUAAGUCUUAUAUUUUAAUUGUAGUUUUAAAUUCUUAUUAUAGUCUUACAUUCUAUGUAUAGCUUUACAUUUUAAGUAUAGUCUUACAUUUAAAUUCAACUCUGAAAGUAUUUAACCCAGUAAUGAUAUGUGAAAUCCACUAAUUUCUCUCAUAUAUUUUUUACCUUUUCAUAACAGCAUGUACUGUACAUCUCAUUUGAAAUGUUUGUUUUAAAUGUAUAAAACAAUCCAGUGACAUAUCUCUCCCGUAUAUGAGUAGUCAUCUGAGUCCUAUGACUUGUAUUUACACACCAAAAGCGGGUCAUCUGAUAAUUUAAUGACAUUGGAUGACCAUAGUAUAUCAGCUGUCCUCAAACUGUUCAAUAAGGUUUCUGUUUUAUGUCACCAGUAUAUCAGCAUGUACACCAACAAAGCGGGUCAUCUGGGCAGUAGAUUUGAGAAGCUGGUGUCGCUAGUGGGUAAAGAACUCACCCCACAGACUUACAAUAUGAUCAUCUAUCUGCAGGUUAGUCUUCCAUUUAGUUUAUUGUUAGCAACCACAGAAUGUAGUUUAUUUUUAGCAACCAAAGAAUUUAGUUUAUUGUUAGCAACCACAGAAUGUAGUUUAUUGUUAGCAACCACAGAAUUUAGUUUAUUGUUAGCAACCACAGAAUGUAGUUCGUUUUUAGUUUUUAGCAACCACAGAAUUUAGUUUAUUGUUAGCAACCACAAAAUGUAGUUUAUGAUCUGGUGAAACAAUUAUUAAAAUUCUUUUCUUUUUUUCACUGCAGAAUUUAGAAUCUGAUGAAAUUCUCGAGAGUAAGAAAAAAGAGAAAGUUAAAAAGAAAGAAGGAACUGGUCCACAGACUGGGGCUGUAAGUAUAACAAUCUCAUCAACCUGUCACUGCUACCCAUUCUUCUUAAACUUUCAAUCAACUUCUGAUAAUUCCAGAAGCAUUUUAAUUAUUUUGUUUCAUAAAGUCUCCAAAUAUGAGGUCCAGAAAAACAACUCAAUAGUAAGAUCAUUUUAUUGUGGAAAGUACCAACCAGUGGAUAGUACCAACCAGUGGAUAGUACCAACCAGUGGAAAGUACCAACCAGUGGAAAGUACCAAACAGUGGAUAGUACCAACCAGUGGAAAGUACCAACCAGUGGAAAGUACCAAACAGUGGAAAGUACCAACCAGUGGCUAGUACCAACCAGUGGAUUGUACCAACCAGUGGAUUGUACCAAGCAUUCUGGUAUAUCAAAAAUAAAUCUCUACAUUGAUGAGUGGAUUUCUUUCAGGUCAAGGCCAUAAAGCAAGCCAAGAUGCUGGCCAACCUCAUCUGUGCCAUAGAACAGAUGGAGAAGUUUCUUAUUCAACUGACCAAAAAGUCCAAAGUAAAUAUUUUAUUAUUUAUAGAACUAACCCGCCAAACAAUGGCUGUAUUAGUGCUAACUUCUGAGAAUUUUAUUUUGCGGGCCCAUAUCUUUAUAGGUCAAUCUGAUGGAACAUGUCAAAGUAUCUGUUAUAAUCCCAUAUCUUUAUAGGUCAAUCUGAUGGAACAUGUCAAAGUGACCACAUCACGAGAUUUCCGUAUU